UCCAACGUAACGCGGAUCGCAAUGUGCGCUUUGGCACUGCUGGUGAGCUGGCGUGUCGCGCAGGUCUCCGCGUAUAAGCUGUCAUCGUCCGACCCCGACACGAUACGGAUCAAUUUGGGCAACAAAAAACUCAUUAAGGAAACGGUGCCACUGUACACGAGGCUGAUCAUCAAGUGUAACUUCGACAGCCCCAUCUGGUACCGGAACGGCAAACUAAUCCCUGUCGACCACAAACGUUCCAAGUCCCUACGGUUCGAGCCGGUUCGCAAGACGGACGCCGGAUACUACUCGUGCGGAUCGGUGUUUAACGAGUGGUCCAACCUGACACUGUCUGUGUUCAGUCAGGAAACGGAUCAAUACCAGAGCGACGGACAGGCGGGCGUGGCGAACUUGGAACGCAAGAGCCUGCAAGUGAUGGCACCGACGGAUCCGCUGGACCAAACGGACAUCGUGGAUAACGAGCUCAAGGAAGGGCCACCGAAGCUGCUCGGUGGACUCGCGGAACAGCGCAACCUUCAGCAGGACGUCCGGGAGGUCGGCGAACCGUACCGCUUGAGGUGUGAUGCCGUCGGUCAGCCCAAACCGUACAUCCGGUGGUUCAAGAAUGGGGAAGAAUAUCGGGAUAACUCGUACCGGUCGACGAUCGUGUUCAGGCAGCUGACGUCGAGUGACGCCGGCACAUACGUGUGCAAGGUUUGCAACAUCCACGGCUGCGUUAACUCAACCACUGAGCUCGAAGUCACGGAGAACGGCGAUCCGGAUCCGACGUACAUUCAGCACAACAAUAUGGAAAGCCACUCGCAGCUCAGCGCGGCAGAUCGGCGACCGUCUGGUGAUCCGGAAAUGGCUCGAACGAUUGAGCGAUUCUUAGCCAGCACGGCAAACACGCGACAGGCUCAACCGGCGCCAGAAGAUCUAGACGACGAGGACGAGGACGAUGAGGAGGAGGACGACGAAGAGGGCACGACUGCCGGCGAUGGCAAUGGGGUCGGUGGCGAGGCGACGGACAGCAUGGGAGCUGCGAACGGUUCGAGCACACCUCCACUGGAUCGGGCGCCAUUUUUUACGAAAAAGGAACACAUGUCAAAGUUGGUGCCGAAACCGUCGGGAAACAUGGUGCGGCUGCGCUGUCCGGCCGAUGGGUACCCGAAGCCCAACAUAACCUGGACCAAAGACGGUCGAGAAAUCGAGCGUACCAUGGGCCAAGCGAAGAAGGUCAACUGGGCGAUCGUGCUGGAGGAUCUGGUGCCACAGGACUCCGGUUUCUACACGUGCCACGUGUGUAACCGUGUUGGUUGCACUAAUUUCACCACCAAACUAGAGGUCAACGAUCGAUUUCCGGCGCGACCUCAUUUUACCGAGCGACCCAGGAACGUAACUGCUCUUGUCAGUACGAACGCUACCUUCCGCUGCCCGAUCUUAUCGGAUCUGGAGCCGCACAUCGAGUGGCAUAAGUUUCUCAUAGUUGACCCAGAAAACGUUACGAUACCAGCGAACGCCACAAAGCUGGAGCGCGAUCCUGAUAAUCCCGAAGUUUUGACACUGGAAAAUAUUACCCAUGCUGACGAGGGUUGGUACACGUGCGUGGCUGCGAACAGCCUGGGCGCGUCCUGGGAAAGUGCCUAUCUCCGGGUGCUAGACGAGCUUCCUCCGGAUGACACGCCUACAGCCCAUCCGGUGCGCACGCACUCGACACUGAUCACCGUGAUGACUUUUGUCCUGUGUGGCUGCUUCAUGGUCCUCGCGGUGGUUGUGAUCGUGGUCUGCAAGAAGCUGAAGCGCGAAAAGAUGAAACAUCGCGCCAUGGAGCAUGUUAACCAGUGGACGAAGAAGGUGAUCGUGCUGAAGCAGGCAUCCGUUGAAAGCAGCAUUCCGGGAAUGUCCGAAGCACUGCAAAUGCCGAUAGUACGAAUUGAGAAAAAGCGAUCGACAUUGGUACAAAGUGGCAACUGCGAUCCAACGAUGAUUUCUGAAUACGAAUUCCCGAUCGAUCUUAACUGGGAGUUCCCGCGGAACAAGCUGCAACUGGGUAAAAGCCUUGGCGAGGGCAUGUUCGGCAAGGUAGUAAUGGCUGAAGCUAAUGGUCUUGUAAAAGGGCAGCCCUCAACGGUGGUAGCAGUGAAAAUGCUGAAGGAGGGUCACACGGACGCGGAUGUAAAGGAUUUGGUGUGCGAAAUGGAAGUUAUGAAAAUGAUCGGCAAACAUGUCAACAUUAUCAACCUGCUCGGCUGCUGUUGUAAGGAUGGCCCACUCUACGUGAUCGUUGAGUACGCGCCUCACGGGAAUCUGAAGAACUUCUUGCGGAGCCACCGUUUCGACUCGAACUACGAAGCGACCGGCGAGAAAGAGAAGAAAAUACUUACACAGAAGGAGCUGAUCUCAUUUGCGUACCAAAUAGCCCGCGGUAUGGAGCACUUAGCAUCGCGGAGGUGCAUCCAUCGAGAUUUGGCAGCGCGAAACAUUUUGGUGAGCGACAACUACGUCAUGAAAAUUGCCGAUUUCGGACUGGCCAGGGACAUUCACGAUCAGGAGUACUAUCGGAAGACAACGACUGGCAAGCUUCCGAUACGUUGGAUGGCACCCGAAUCGCUGGAAGAAAAGUUCUACGAUUCGCAAAGUGACGUAUGGUCUUUUGGUGUGCUGCUCUGGGAAAUUAUGACGCUAGGAGGAAAUCCGUACCCGUCGAUACCUACCUGGGACAAUCUUCUGGAGCAUUUGAAGAAGGGCAAACGAAUGGAAAAGCCUCCUUUAUGUUCGGUGGAAAUACACUUAUUCAUGCGCGAGUGUUGGCAUUACCGGCCGGAAGAACGACCCACAUUCAGUGAAAUCGUACAGUACUUGGAUCGACUGAUGAGCGUUACUUCCAACGAGGAAUACCUGGAUCUUGGACUGCCCCAACUUGAAACUCCUCCAUCCAGUGACGACAGCGAGGAAGAGGAGGACGUGGACGACGGCGAGGAUCAGUUCGGGUUGGAACACGAGCGAGUUCACAUGUAUCGAUUCAAUAGAAGCUACAACAACGAUAGUACCUACUAAACACGGGUGUCUGAAAGCGGUUCGUUAUAGAUUGGUUCGCGCUCUAGUGUCUUUUAUCGAAUGAAUGUGUUUUAACGAAUUCAGCGAAUUCUUCAUGUAUGGCCCUUAGGCGUAAGAAUCGAACAAGACUGUAUUUAUUUUAUUUGAUUAAUUGUAGAGCAACGAAAACCGUGUGCAAAGUAAAGGAGGGUAAACUAGUCAAUAACGUGAGAACUUCUCUAGCAGCACAUCCAAAAAAUAUCAUGUAGUGCCAGUACCGUGACUACGUUGAGGCCAUUUAGUGUAAUACAAAAUAUGUUCUGUCGACAUUUGCUUCCAACGUCCCAACCCCGAAACGAAGUUACUUCAGUGUAAAUAUGUUUGUACGGAGAUGUAGCUGUAAAAGAGACAUUAUUGUGGAGUAACGUGUUUGCCGUGCCUGGGAAGCAUAUUUAAAUUUAACAUCUAACUGUUUAGGAUCUACCAAAUAACGCAUCUCUUAGGUAAAUAUGAAAGAAGCUUUGUACAGUUAAUUUUAACAUGACGAUGACGAUGGCCACAGUAACGGCAGCAA